AAAAAAAUCGCAAUAAUGGGUGCCACUACCAUGCUGGUAGAGAAUUGUUUCCUUCAUUUCUCUUCCUAUAGAAGCUCCCAUUUUGAUCUAGAAAAUAGAUCUACGAGUCACCGUUAUAAUAAUGGGUGAAACAAUCGAUCCACAGGGAACGCCUGUCGCGCCUCGGAAGAAUCGCGUAAUUAAGGCUAACAAUAAAACACCUGCAGCCAAAUACAACACUGUGAUGGUGCAGAGAAUUGUAGAAACUCUGAAGCAAGAUCCUGAAGCCGAUCUGGUUACCAUCAUAGGGAAAGAUUACGCUAAGAAACGAGAGCUAUUCCAGAAUGUUGGUGCGAGACUCGGAAGCACUACCAAGAAGCUAACCGUUCCUAAUCCUUCCCCGGGCGACACACGGUUGCUUCUCGACCCGGACGAAGCGGCUACGAUCCUCUCGCCAUUUUCGGAAGAUAUGCUGCUUCUCCUCCCUAACAUAGACGUCGAUAAUCUUAUGCACUCUGUUAUCCAACUCUUGUCCGAAGCCGAAGUUAUCUUUCAAACUAAAUGGGGAUGCUCCACUAUGAUUUUGCUAGUCUCCGACGGCAUCGUUACCAAGAUCUCACGGCGCUCGGACGGCACCGAUGAAUAUACUGCUUUGCAGUACCUUGAAGAACACCUACCAAGCUUUCCUGCCCCUAGACCACAUGGGAUGAUUGAAUUAGAACAUUUCUAUCUUAUGUUCAUGACCUAUAUUCCUGGUUUAGACCUUGAAAAAGCAUGGCCACAGUUAAACGUGGCUCAAAAACAAGACAUCAGCAGUCAGCUCGACGCCCUGUUCUCUGAAUUGCGAUUACUUCCGUGCUUAGAGGACAGUCCACUUGGUGGCGCUCAAGGGGAACUAUGUAAGGAUGCUAGAAGAGGUCUACGUGUAGCUUCUACUCCAAUUACGAGUGUAAAGGAGUUUGAAGAUUUCGUCUUUUCCGGUUCUAGAUCUGCAACCCCAGUCUAUUUGGAGUUUUUGCGAGGGCUCUGUCCACCAAGUCCGAACAAGUCCGUCUUUACCCACGGAGAUGUCCGACCAGCAAAUAUUGUGGUCGAUUCUGACGAUUCAGGCAAGUGGCAAGUUACAGGUAUCAUCGAUUGGGAGCGCAGCGGCUUCUACCCAGAGUACUGGGAGUCCAUAAAAAUUACAAACUGCUUGUACGCCGGUGAAGACUGGGACUGGUAUAAGUAUCUGCCUGGAUGUUUGCACCCAAAAAAUCACGCACAGCGCUGGCUAUUAGAUCUGGCGUGGGAUCCCAUGGUGGCUUCGAUAGAAACAUCCUUAUGAUUCAAUUCAAUAUACGUCUUACAUAGACCACGUUACAACAGUUUCUUGAGGGAUGAGCAAACCAAGACCUACAAAUGAU